AUGCGAGGGUCGGAAUUCGAGAAUCGGGUUCGACACGCAGCAAAGCCUAAAUCUCCUACUGAAUCGCCAGCUCCAAGGCUCUCUAAUGGCCCUGAUGCUGAUGCGCUGAGGGCAGCCCUGAGUGACGCCGUCGCAUCCCCGGUCCCGGCUCCAUCACCAAGUAGGAAGAGGCAGCGGAUAGUUUACGGUGAUAGGUUUAUACCGAAUCGCGAAGGGGUGGAUUUGCAAGCUAGCUACAGCUUGCUACAUGCCGAUGGUUCGCCUUCAACCCCUUCGAAACCAAAGAAAAGAACACCACAUGGCGAACUCCAUUUUCAAAAGACCGAAGAGGCCAACCGGACUUUUUCAACGCUCCUCCGCUCUGAGCUUUUCCACAAUGAGAUUCCCCAGGGUUCACCAUCAUCACUAACAACUCGUAACUCUGCUCGCGAUUCUGCCCGCGCACCAACACCUCCUGCGACCAACAGCUCGACCAACACCCCCGCCACGCCUUCAAAGAAUCUUUUUACUUAUAUGUCACCAAAGACGCGGACUCCUCAAACCCGACAUGGACCCAACGUUGAUACCAGAUCUGAAAUAUACUCCUUAUCACCUGUUAGGUUCGACAGUCAGCGAAUGCUUCUAUCGCCCAGAAAACAACCAAGGGCUGGAUCACAUGUUGCAAUAGGGACAAAUAAAGGGUAUGUCCAGAUAUGGGAUGCGAAGGAGUGCCGCCGGUUACGAGUAAUGACAGGACACACAGCACGAGUUGGUGCUCUUGCCUGGAAUGAUCAUAUCUUGACAUCCGGCUCACGUGAUCGAACAAUAUAUCAUCGCGAUGUCCGUGCGCCUGAUCAACAUAUCGCAAAACUUGUAGGCCACAAGCAGGAAGUUUGUGGGUUAAAAUGGAAUUGUGAAGAUGGGCAACUAGCAUCAGGAGGAAACGACAACAAACUUUUCGUUUGGGACAAACUUAGUGAGCAACCGCUAUACAAGUUUACAGAGCAUACAGCAGCAGUAAAAGCGAUUGCAUGGUCACCCCAUCAGCACGGCACAUUGGCAUCAGGUGGGGGUACAGCGGACCGAAGAAUAAAAUUCUGGAACACGUUAACGGGACAGCCUAUAAGUGAAAUCGAUACUGGAAGCCAAGUUUGCAACCUUGCGUGGAGCAAAAACUCAAAUGAGAUUGUCAGCACGCAUGGAUACUCCGAAAAUCAAAUUGUUGUCUGGAAAUAUCCUAGCAUGACACAAGUUGUCAGCCUCACGGGGCAUACCUACAGAGUGUUAUACCUAGCGAUGUCACCCGAUGGACAAGUCAUUGUUACCGGUGCCGGCGACGAGACAUUGCGAUUCUGGAACUGCUUUGCAAAAAACAAGAAUGAGGGCCGUAUGAGUAUAGCGUUGGAUCCAUUCCAGCAAAUACGAUAA